ACUGUGCCGAAAAGUGCGUCUUUGGCGAAGCUCACAGAACUGCAGCAGCUAGAAAGGAAAUGUCGUACCAAUUUACACCAAGCAGCGCCUGUUCAGUCUGUGAGCUGAUCGUCUCUCUCCCUGAUAUACGCUGGUGAACCGACUUCACACUUGUUGCUACGACAAUAUUAUCAAAUACUGCGGAGCUGAGACAGAGCCACACUGAACUGAAGCAUGGACUAAAGUGUUGCUGUGGCAACACCUGAGGUGGGCUUCGUGUGACCGAGCAGGGCUGCUGCUUCUGACUCACACUGACCACAACAUCAGGUUUUUCUCUGCAGUAUUUAGGAUUAACCGCCGAUUGUAAAUCAAAUCUGUGGGAUUGAGUGGAUGUUGAUGGGGAUCUGAGAUAACCAAUGAGCGCCCUCUCCACGCCCCUCCGUGGAAAAUAUUUGACGUGGCAAGAGGUCCGGACGUGACAUCGCUGCACAUCAUCUCUCCUCCUCUGCUCAGCCUCAGCUAUCUCACCCAGGCCUCCAUACAAACAUCUGCAGGUCCCGGUCCCUGGAGCAGAGCGGGCCACAGUCCUGCUUCACGAUCUGAAACCCGGAGGAGAAAUAAUGUGGCUCAUCGUGUUGGCCAGUUUACUUCACUGCGCCUCGGCCUACGAUGUGGAUCUGAAGAAACUGGACGGGCUCGCCAAGGCGAAGGUGGAGACAUGUGGCGGAUGACAGCUGAACAGGCUCAGAGAGGUCAAAGCCUUCGUGGUCCAGGACAUUCCUCUUUACCAUAACCUGGUGAUGAAGCAUAUUCCUGGGGCUGACCCCGAGCUUGUCCUCCUGAACCACUACUACGAAGAGCUGGAUCGGAUCGCCCUGUCUGACAUGACCCGCUCUGAGAUCAACGAGCUGCUGGGGAAACUGGGCUUCUACAAGAAAGCUCAACCUGAGGACGAGGUGCCAGAGGAGUUCCGGUUCUCUCCUGCCAAAGACAGCCCGUUUAAAGACGGGACGGCGUAUAAACCCGCCACUUCCACUCCUGUCACAGAGAGCACCUCCUCAGAGCCCAACACAGAAGUCAAGCAUACUGACCUAUAACCCGUCAAGACCGGGAGAAAGCAGGAGUCUCACUGUACCACACUGCACCCAUAGCUGCUCCACGACCAGCUGCUUACUGCAGUUGAUGACAGAGAUGCUUGUCAUUUCAAAAUAAAGCCAUCAGAUCAUGGAUCAGCCCUUGGUCAAGGAGAAAAUCUUAGCAUCAGCAGAAGGCCUUUAAAAGCAAUUUGCACAUGUUGUUCCUUCAGUUUGUUCUUUAUUUUUGCAGUGAUAAUAAGCCAACAGUGC